AUACCGCACCGACCCACAAAAGAAGAGCUUUUGGCUCAAGCGAGAGGAUUCCUAGAACGUCUCAAAGUACGAAUAAAAUAUCCGCUCAUGAGACAGAUGCGUCCAUGGACACUCAACGACGCCACUGCUUUAUUCUCCUGGCUGUUCCUUGGCCACACCGUUUGGUUGUUGGUCGGAACCACCAGUUUCUUUAGUCUUAUCCUCUGGACUGCGAACUCUCUUCAAUUCCAAGAAUGGAUCGCAUAUCGUAUUGGCCAGUAUCUGACAUACGCUACUGGUGCUACGGUUGUAUUUGAAUCCGCAAUUGUACCUAAUUGGAAAGACGGCAAGAUUCGAUUCAACAAUGUCCGCAUUUACCGCAUGCCCCGAUCCGAAAAAGAGAAAUUCGAACGACAGGCAGCAUUAAUUAGCUUGGGACAGGAUGAAGAUGUCACUCGCCGGUCAAGUGUAACAGACGAUCCCUUGUGCGGAGUAAAACUCGAUGACGAUGAAAAGGACAAUGAGGUGUUGACGAAGUGGAUGUGGUUUGACAUUACUCUUGAACGCGUCGAAGUUAAAUUGAGUUUGUUACGCUGGGUAGAUGGAAAAGGAUUGGUAGAGAGUGCGGAUGUCAAGGGUGUCAGAGGUGUCAUUGACCGUCGACAUGUGCGAUGGGAUCCCUCUGUUCCAUGGGACCCUGUCUCUGCACGCCACAAAUACACUCCGGGUGAUUUUGAACUUGAAAAGCUUACGAUUGAAGACCUAUUGGUGACAGUCUAUCAACCAAGAGGAUUCAGACCCUAUCCAAUCUCUAUUUUUCAAGCUCAAUUGGAUCGGUUCCGUAAACAAUGGCUGUUCUAUGACAUGCUGUGUGCAACUACUAUUGUAGGAUCCUUUGACAAGUGUCUGUUUAGUGUACACACACCUCAGCUGGAAAAAAAAAACGAAAGAUUUGGUGUGAUGACAGAUGAUGAUAUGAAGAAGCAAGGAUACAAACGAAAGUCUCGUUUGAGGAUUGAUGGUGUGAAUAUCGACCACAUGAAUCGAGGACUCACUGGUCCUCCUGGCUGGAUAACUUCAGGAAAACUUGACAUUAGUGCCGAUAUCUAUAUUCCCCAAGAGGCUUCUGAUGCAGAUUCGAGUGAAUUACUCCGCCAAUUGGUAUAUGAACUCACUGACAAAAUAGAGCUUCCUCAGCCUGUAAUGCUGGGUACUGGAAAUGGAGACGAUCUUCUUGUUGUCGGUGGAGGACACAAGAAUCAUGUCAGCACCCCAGAUGUCCGAAAAAAGUUUAUCAUGGACAUCGAUUUCCGUUUCAAAGAAACCAAGGCUUCAGUACCUCUGCAGGCACCUGAACUUAGUUAUCUCAGCAACGCUAUGGUUCGACCGGUCGUGGCUUACAUUAACCGUACAAAGACCAUGGUUCCAAUCAAAUGCCGUGUAGUUAUGGACCUCUCCAACUUUGAUGGAGCCUGGUCAGCCUAUGACUCUACUUUAAUUGAUCAUAUGAGUGAGCAACUUGGCAAAGGCUUUGUUGAUCUCACAAUGGAUCAGCAAGAACGAAAUCGACGUUUGAAACGUAUCGGGUUCUGGAGUUUACGUGAAAUGAUUCGUAAUGUAUUG